AUGUACCCAGACGGCCAACUCGUUGCGGUGGAGAAUGCGACACCCCUGUCGCGAUCCCGGCCUCGUCGGACGCGUAUGAUGAAGCGCGUGUCGAGGGCGUGCUUGCACUGUCGACAGCGAAAAUCCAAAUGUGUUCUUACCGGUGGUGGACGACCAGGCAUGCCCCCAUGCCAACGGUGUAUUCAGGACGGCCACGAAUGCGUUCUAGGCAGUUCGAAUCGGGGAGGUCGUCGUAUCCGGAAGAAUAAAAUGAAGCCUCUGACCCCGAGGAACGAUCCAGCAAUGGAGCAUGACGAAUCGACCGUCGAUGGCGCAAGUCCGUCUCGUCCCGACAAUCCCCAGGCGACAUCGAGCUCCUAUCCCGAUCCCGUGGCAUUCGUGCCGCAAGAUGCCCCCCCUACGGCAGUGGACGACGAUGACACGACGUCGAUAGGUUCGGUACCGCGCAAUCCAUCAGACGCUUGGCAGUGUCUGACGGGCCUCGCGAGACGGGAUACGGACGGGUCCGCUUCUGACUCGGGCCCAGAUCUGACGCGCGCAAACCCUAGAGGUGUCCCGGCCUCCAGUGCCCCGCAGGGCACGGUGACCGACUUCGAUUCCCCCGGCGACAUAAAAAACUAUAGACUGGUGCAAUCGCGCGCUCUAGAGCCAGGGACCGUGUGGCAGUUGGUGUCCCGUUACGCCGAUCAUUUCCAUCCAUAUCUCCCUUUGGUCCCCAGAAAAUACUUCGAUCGCCGUGCCUUGGGCGCCUUUGCCGCGAACGAGAAACACUUGCUGACGGCGGUGCUCACAAUCGCGUCGAAGGAUCUGACCGCGCGACCGGAGAUCCACGAGUACUGUUCUAGAUACAUGCACGAGCUGAUUUCCGGGAUCGCCGCCGGGGCAAACUGCGACGUCGAAGCCGUUGAAGCGCUCUUACUCCUCGCCGAGUGGGAGCCCCAGGGACUCCGACCCGGAGUCGAGCGCGUCGGGCGCGGAGAGGAAGAUCGCGCUGCGUGGAUGCACGUCGGACUGGCCCUGCGAUCGGGGUAUUUUCUGGGGCUGGAUCGAACGUCGUUUCGGGGCGACUCGGGAGACACGGAGGUGGAAGCCCGCCGGCGACUGGCGUGGACGAGCUGCUACGUCUCCGAUCGGUUGAUUUCCGUCCGCAUCGGGCGGGCGUUCUGGUCGCGAGGGCCGGGUCCUAUGACGGGUCUGGUCAGCCAGGAUUUCCCCUCUCUACUGCCCGUCGGUGACGGCGAUGAGGACUACGCGCGGAUCCUCCAGGCGACGCUCGACCUCACGCAGUUGUAUGGCAACGUGCACGACGUGCUGUACUCGGGGAUGCGAACCAGCAACCAGAUGAUGCUCACGGGGGACUAUGUGAAAUAUGUCGACGAUUUUCGGCUGGCCAUUCUCCGGUGGAAAUCGCUCUGGGGCUCGUUGCCUUGCUCCGAACCGAUGCAAUUUACACUACAGAUGUCGUACGAAUAUCUGCGACUCUACACAAACGCGUUUGCCUUCCAGGCUACUAUCUCGCAGGCUCUGGCUUCCAAGACGAACAACGACAGCCAGUCGCAAAAGGAGCACUUGCGCUCGACCUUCAGUAAUGUCGCUUUGUUGCAGGACGCGCGAUUCAUCUACGAGUCUGUCGACGCGGCCAAGGCGUAUCUGGCCAUCGUCGUGGACAAAGUCCAUCCUGAGCGACAGCUGCAUUUCAUGCCGCUCCGGUUCUACCUAUACGGAAUUUACGCCGCUGUAUUUCUCUACAAGGCUCGCUCAUUCGGGGUCCUCCCACCCUCCGAAGAAAUGGACGUGCGCGAACUCGUCCACCGAACGACCGAGAUCCUAAAACGCGCCAGCGCAGGGCCCGACGACAUCGGGUCACGGUACGCGCGACUCCUGGAACUUCUCUGGCAACCCAACCCAGCUGUGCCAACAACACUCCCACAGCACCAAAGUAGCGAUCUCCCCAUGCCCAGCAGCAGCAGCGCACUUACACAGCCCAUGCCCGACGACAGCUGCGUGCAUUUCAGCCCCGCAAACGACUUCUCCUGGCUGAAUCUGGAAGCCGUGGGCGACUACGUCUCGGGCGACCUGAUCUCAGGGUCGGGUAUGCUGGCGUUGGACGGCUUCCAGAAUCAGGAUCUCUAUCAGACGGGACAGGAGCGUUCGCAGACGUGGCAGUCGUCGUGGGUCGACAUGGCGGGUAGUUUGCUGUUUUAA